AUGAGGCUUGCCCACUACUACUUCGUUUCUCUGGGACUCUUCUUCACGUCCUGGACCAAUGCUCAGGAUAUCAAGCCCGUAUCCGAAGUCUACCAGAAUGCAGCAAAUGACGUCAAUGCAACAAAUAAGGUAAAUACAACAGCAAGCUUGGUGGAUUUGUCUGAGCUUCGCACUGAGGUGCCCUUCUACGAAAAGGACACAUUGACAAUGCAGUUGAUGGAUGACCUUCCAGUAUGGACAAUCCACAGCAUCCAGAAGAGUGAUCCUGUCUUAGGUUAUUGGUCAGGGUUGUCCCCAGAUAGAAUGGUGUCAGGACGGCUUUUGAACUACAUUCAUCCCUCAACUGGAAUCGUUGUGAUUCGAGGAGUUGUGCAUGACCUAGCCAAUGACAUUUCUUAUCAAAUCAAGCCCGACGGACAAGGUGAAGAUACUGUCACCAAAAUUAGGUCAGGAGAUUUGCCCCCUGUAGGUGACUCGAGAGUGCCCAUAUGGAGUCAGAUUGUUACAUUUGCCAGAAAUCCAUGGGGUGUAGCAACGGGGGUUGCGAAAAGUGUCGGCUGGAAACUCCAGUCCCUGACAAAAUCUCAAGAGGAGAUGGCCAGGAAUGCCGUAACAGUGGACAUCAUGGUGAUCUGGACACCCAAUGCGGAAUGCGCAGUUUCAUCACAAUCAGUGGAUUGUUCCCUCACAGACACUACAUUGGCCAACAUGGAAGCCGACAUUGCAAUGUGGGUCGUUGAAACGAAUACGGUACAUUCGAACUCAGGCACAGGCAUCACCUUCAAUGUGGUUCACCAGCAGAGGGAUACGUCGGGAUAUCGAGAGACAGCAGACGCUUCAUGUAUUCUCUGCGAUCUCACGGACACUUGUCAUUGCCAACUAGGAUACAUCCAUGGGUUGAGGAAUGACUACAAGGCGGACUUGGUAACUCUUAUUGCUGACACCAUCAAUCUAUCGAGUAGCGCAGUUUGUGGGAUUGCAUGGAUUGGCUCCUGCUGUCAGUUUAACGCAUGUUACGGGUUCUCUGUCAAUGAUGCCGCCUGUACUAACAGCGGUUACGUCCCUGCCCAUGAGUUUGGCCACAAUAUGGGAUGUAGACACGAUAGGGGAACAUCGUCGACUCAACAAUGCCCAAGUGAUGCCUGCACUAGCUGCGACACAAACUUUGGGUACCGUGUUCCUGGGCAGUUCCGAACGAUAAUGGCCUACAACUGUGACACAUACACAACUCAAUGUGAUGGCACGGCAACGGCAAGCUGCCCCGUAAUUCCUUACUUUUCAGGUGAAGCGGAAUACAAUGGAAACUCACUUGGAGGGGCAGAAAACAAUUGCAGAGGAGCCAUUAUAUCAAGCAAGGGAGCCAUUGCUGGUUUCCGAUAA